CCAAUCGCGCUGGAGGGGAUCUGAUUUCUAAUAAUAAUAAUUUGUUUGGUAUAUAUACUCACUCCUGAUUUUCCCCCCUAAACCCUAAAACCCCUCCCUCACAGCUCGACUGUGCCAUGGCGGAACCACAUCCCUCAAAGGCAUUCCCCGUGAAACCCAAGUUGAAAUCGAAACCCAGAACCCCAAAGCAAACCUCUGAAUCCAAAUACUGGUCCUCCUUCAAGACCCACCAAAUCCCCGGCCUUAUCUCUGUUCGAUCUGUCUCCUUCUCACCCUCUCCUGCUCAUCCCUUCGCCGUCGCUCACUCUGCCCACCUAUCAAUCUACAGCUCCGAAACCCUUUCUACCACCUCCACGAUUUCUUUCUUCAAAGAUGCUGUUUCCGGCGCCUCCUUCCGCUCCGACGGCCGCCUCAUCGCCGCCUCUGAGCUAUCCGGUCGUAUUCAAGUGUUCGACCUCAAUUCUCGAGGCCCACUUCGUCAACUCAAGUCUCACGCUCGCCCCGUUCAUUUCGUUCAAUUCCCAUUGCUUGAUAAGUUCCAUCUGAUCUCCGGUGGGGACGACGCUUUGGUUAAGUACUGGGAUGUGGCGCGUCAAACACCGAUAUCUGAGUUACGGGGUCACAAGGAUUAUGUGAGGUGUGGUGACUCUUCCCCUGUUAAUAUGGACACGUUUGUUACUGGUUCUUAUGAUCAUAUCGUGAAGCUAUGGGAUAUAAGGGUUACUGAUGGGAGGUCAGUGAUGGAGGUAAACCAUGGGAAGCCGGUGGAGGAUGUCAUUUUCUUACCGUCAGGGGGUCUAAUUGCGACGGCUGGUGGGAAUUCUGUGAAGUUGUGGGAUUUGUUGGGUGGUGGGAAGCUUUUGUUCUCAGUGGAGAGUCAUAACAAGACUGUUACUUCCAUUUGUGUGGGGAAAAUUGGGACAGAUACAGGGGAGGAGUCCAAUCAAUCUAGGAUUUUGAGUGUGGGACUGGAUGGGUACAUGAAGGCCUUUGAUUACGCCAACUUGAGAGUGACCCAUUCCAUGAGGUUCCCUGCGCCUCUGGUCUCAGUUGCAUUUUCACCAGAUUGUUCCACACGGGUGAUCGGGUCUUCGAAUGGGAUUAUAUUUGCUGGGAAGAGGAAGUCAAAGGAAAAAGAGGAGGAGGAGGAAAGUUUAUCAAAUCUGUUUUGGAGAGUAGCGCCAGUGGAGCAACCAAAGAGGAAAGUAUUGAGGCCUUCACACUUCCGAUAUUUUCAGAGUGGGCAAGGAAGGAAACCAUCUGAGGGAGAUUAUGUGAUUGUUAAGCCAAAAAAGACAAAAUUGGCAGAGCAUGAUAAGCUGUUGAAGAAGUUUAGGCACAGGGAAGCUCUGGUAUCUGUGUUAAGCGCCAAAAGUCCUGAGAAUGUGGUGGCUGUGAUGGAGGAGUUGGUAGCUCGGAGGAAAUUAGUGACUUGCCUUAAUAACUUGGAUGUGGGGGAACUGGAAUUACUAAUCAUGUUCUUGCAAAGGUAUUGUAGCGUGCCAAGGUAUGCAAGUUUGCUAUUCAAAGUGGCAAAGAGGGUUAUUGAAAUGCGGGCUGAUGAUAUCAAGGCUUCUGCCUCCUUGAGGAGUCAUAUGAGAAAUCUCAGGCGAUCUAUUGAGGAGGAGCUCCGGAUACAACGGUCAUUGUUAGAAAUACAAGGUAUAAUAACUCCUUUGCUAACUAGUGCUGCAAGAAGGUGAAAUUUUUUCUCUGGUGUUUUUGUUGAUUCUUCUAGUGCGACUCUGGCGAAUUUAGAACUUGCAUGAGCAUUUUUUUUCCACUUAGGAACGUUUGACUUGUUCUCAAUGUUAUCAAUAUAUAUGGACGCAAUGGAUUAAUGCUUUUGAAUCCCCGUUCUAUGUGGAAUGGUUCUUCUAGAAGAGUACGUGUUUUUUUUUUGGCCUGUAGAAUAUUGCAUAUUGCUGGAAGCUUGUUUUCAUGAGUUAUAAUCGUGGGGUAGAUGUUCCCACAAGUUCAAGACU